AUGCGACAUUGUCGAGUACUCCAGGUUUUUUCUUUCCUUGUCUUUUGUAGCUGUAUACCCUUCGUUCUCGGUCAAACUUUCACUCAGACUGCAGCUUGGCGGUCGCCGUCUAUCACAGUCGAUGUCGCGGACCGUACAUCUCUUGCGCAGGACGCCCUAAGCGUAUUGAGCCACCAAAUCAACUACACGAGCGGUGCCACAGACUCUUUGGGAGUGACAGAGUCCGCCGCCUUGCUGUUGACGAUGUCUGAGUACGACCUACGCAUGGGGAGCACCGUCUUCCAAAGCAACGUGACGGCCGCUUUACAAGCGUAUGCGGCGGUCACAAACUGGACCACUACACCUGACCGUCUACGAUGGGGGUUGGCUUUCUUCGCCGCUUAUCAAGCUUAUCCCGAUAGCCCACAACAACAGUCCUUUCUCGACUCUGCGAAGGCUUCGUGGGCUGCUGCUCAUGUCUACUAUGUUACCCCGGCGGCGGCGGCAAACGGCUCUCUUCCAGGUCUUCCACUCUUUGAGCCUACUUGCUCUCCUCUACUCGGCGGGAUACCGGCAACGGUCGCAGGCGCCACUUUCUGGGUCGGCCAACCUAUCAUCAAUGGGGAGACGAUCGGGCCUUGGAUAGCUCUCUCUUCGUCACUAUACACGGCUACUUUCAACACCACGUAUCGCGAUGCGGCGCAGCAAUCUAUACAAUUUGUCAAGAACUUCCUGUCCAACGGAACAAUGAUUCUUGACACAUACGAGAUACAAGGCUGUAGCGUGAUGUCUGCUGGCACUUUCACGUACAACGGCGGGUACUUUCUGCAAGGCGCGAGUAUUUACUACGGGAACGUCACUACACCAUCCGCUCAAGAUGUUUCCGACUUGAAUGAGCUGGUUGCUGGACUGAUUCUCUUUCCCGGGUGGACAAGAGCUGAUGGUGUUAACUUCGAAGAUCAGAUUACCAAUACCACCGGUGAUCUAAGCCAAGAGCAGUUGUCCGCCGACUGGAAAGCUAUCCUUGUCUCUGGGUUGUACCAGUGCAUGGCUGCAGGGCUUCUCAACAGCACUGUCGCCAAUUUGACACAACGGUACAUUGCGGUGCAAUUCAAUGCUGUACGCGAGUUAGCGAACUACACCACGUCUGGGAUCAACGGCCAGGUUUAUGGUCCGAGUUGGGUGGGCGCACCAUUGCGCCUUCAGCAAUAUCUAGCAUAUGGCCAGUUAGCUGCAGCCGAACUAUUCACUGUUGCGCUGGGGACCGAGUUUACUGUGACCACAUCAAACUCUACGAUUGUGCCCUCAUCCACUGCUUCGAGUCGUGUAUCGGCAGCAUCGUCGCAGGUGCCUCAACCGAAGUCCCUCGUGGGUCCCAUCGUGGGAGGUGUGGUAGGCGGUGUAGGAGUCAUUCUCAUCGGCGUCCUCAUCGGAGUUCUCUUAUGGCGUCGAAGGAGACGCCAGACAGGCGAAAUAUAUCCCACGCUCGAACCACAUUCUGCCAUGAGCGCCGAGCCUUUCAUUCUCACAACCGAGGAGUACCCGGAUACAAGACACCCAAACAUGCUAGCGCAAGCAGUGGACUCUCCCGCGCGCAUGACCAAACUGCAACCCAUGCGGUACAUACCUACUGCAUCCGAUCUAACUAUUCCGGCGGAGUCGCAGUCACCUCUCGGAAGCGCCACAUCACCUCGGACGCAAAACGAAAGAUCAACGCAAGAGGGUAUGGUAUCAGUGGACGCGGGGGCGCUACAGAGGUUGCUUGUUGGUAUUGGGGGUGCUCUGUCAGACCUCCAGAGACGCGAAGGUCUGGGUGGUCCGAACAGUGGCGUUGAACCUCCAAGAUAUGAUGACUCGCAAUAG